AUGGAUCCUAAUCAAUCACAUGAUGGUUCACAGGGAGGAUUUCCUGGCGGCAACAUGCCUCCAUACCCCUGGAACCCAUACAUGUAUGGCUACCAAGGUCCUCAAUCUUGGUUCCCUCAAGGGUUGCCACAGUUUCCACCCACUGUCCCAAUGAUGCAUCCUGGUAGCAACAGUCCACAAUUGUUUGAUCCUGCUGAAAACGCAGCCGCAUCUACACAAAUCGAUGAGGAAGAUGUGGAUCAACCUCCCGUGUCUGCAGCUGAAACCUCCAAAGGAAAGAGGAGCAAAGGCAGCAAUUUCAGCCCAGAAGAGGAUGUAAACCUAGUCAAGUCAUGGCUGGAGAUAAGUUGUGACCCAAUUAUAAGUACAGGACAAAAAAAGGAUGGCAUGUGGUUUAGGAUUCUGCAGCGAUACGACUUGAGGAGGGGAGCGUACCCAGAAAGGUCUGUGAAGUCUCUACAGAACCGUUGGGACACUAUCAAGGCUGAAGUGGGGAAGUUCUCAUCCUUCCAUGCUGAUGUCAUUCGCGAGAAUCCUAGCAGACUGUCCGACGCCGAUAAGGAUCCAAAAGUCAGAUCAUUUGGAAAGUCAGGUGGCCGUGACGACACCAUCAACCUUGGAUAUGAUAAUUCUAGCCCUACUGGAUCAGCUGAGAAGAGGCCUCCGGGCAGGGAUACAUCUAAAGUACCGAAGAAGAAAGCGAAAUCUUCUGCAGGGUCAACAUCAUCCAUGGAGUACGCUUCGAAGAUGCAAGAUCUUUCUUUGCAAAAGAUCUCUAUGAUGCAAGAAGAAACUGCACGUAAAAAUGAUCGUUUCCAGCAACUUGCCUUGAUAGAUGAGAAGCGCUACGAGGAAAUGCGAAGCCACAAUCAGUCACUGAUACUACUUGAGCAAGAGAAGAUUCAGCUCAUGCGUGAGAAGCAUGACAUGGAGAAGGCAGAGAAGGAGCAGAAAGAGGACGAAAGGAUCCUUGCAAUUAAUCUGGAUUCUUGCCCACCACCUCUGCGAACAUAUUACGAAAUUCGUCAGCACGGAAUUCUGGAGAAGGCUGCUGCUAGGCGCAGGAACGAACAGGGGCCAUGA